AUGAAGCGUUCGUCGAGGGCGGAUUCGCAACAACCAGCUGCUGGCAAAGCACUCAUGGUUCGCUGCCCCGCCCAGACUCUCACUCGAUUGCGAACACUCAAUGAAGCGGAAAUCAUCACCCUGUUUACUCCAGUCGUCCCUCACUUCCCGACAGCGUCACUGGUCAAAGAUAUGGACCCAUUUGAGCCACUUGGACGUGCACUCCCACGGCCCGUCCGCCAUGUGCCUUUUCGCAUGGACAUCGGUAUGACGGACGUACAUCCGUGCUUCUUGUCCGCCAGCGGGGUGGUCGUUGUGGUGAUUUGCGCUACAGAAAACGUGCUUGAUCACAAACCGGAAGCCUUCGAGCGCCAACUCAAGUUUGCGAAGAGUAUCACAAGCAAAGUCGAAAAGAACACUUCGAUGGCAUCAGUGCCGGUUGUUCUCGUCGCUAUUGCUGGCAAUGGCGCGAUGACAACAUCAUACGAGCAAGCAGUGCGCGACUUUCCGGUCGUCCUGACUCUCGAAGACUACACGCCCGCGACGCUCGAGCGUGGCGUACGAACGAUCUUCGGCUGA